GUCGCGCGCAACGAUAAGCGUGUGUGUAGCCAGUUGCUGUGUGCUCUCGCUCUCGCUCGCGCCGUCGCCGCCAAACAGUUAAAGCUCAUGUGCAGUUGAAAUUAAAUAUUAAUGCUUAAUAUCAAAGACGCGCGUCUCCCACACGACUUAUACUAUAAAUAUUCCACCGGGGAAAAAACACGCGCACGGAGACGGCUGCUUAAAAGCGAUUGCAUCGCGCCAACUGGGCUUCAUUUUAGGCAAGGUCAAGCCUAGCGCAACACCACGGGCUGCGAACCAUCUCGAAAGAAAAAAAUAAAUAUAAAAUCAUAAGCAGCAAAUACUAAAGUGAAAAGCAAAGCGACUAAUUCAAGUGUCGUCGGUAGCUGUUUGCAGGCACUGUGCAAAGGAAACAAAAACAAAGCGGAAUAAGCAAAGAGGCGGCUGGAAACAUUUAUGAACAAAAAAAAAAACAACAACUAAAAGCAGCUUCGAUACCAACUACAAUAAUAAAAAGAAGCAGUAAAAACAGUCAAAACAAAAACAACAACUACAACAGCAGGCAAAUAAAGCCCGGCAAUCAUUUUAGUCGUGCCAGUUUGUUUAUUAAAUAUACUACGUAAAGCGCAUAAAAAAACACAGACAGACACACACACACACACACUCUAACAAGCUUACCUGCAAACGUGUCUCAAAACAGACGACCAGCUACCCUGUAAAAACGUGGCAACUUUUUGUAAAUAAAUAUUAUAAAAAUAAAUAAUCCUAGAGCUAAAAAGAAAAUGCCUCCCACGUGGUGGAAACUGAUCAAAAUUAUGUUGCUCUUCGCGCUCUUCGCCACGAUAGUUUAUAUCAAUAGCGAAAUGUCGAAGCGACGCAGCGAGGCAGCCGCUGCAGAGGCCAACAGCAGCUCCAAUGACACGAUGUCCUUUGUCUCCGACAAUCUACUGCACAUGAUGCGCACCAAGGCGCAGGAGCAGGACCCAUCCAAGGAGCAGCAGCCGCAGCGGGACCCCGGCGAGGUGGAGCUGCCCGCCGAGGAUAUUGACGAGCGCGUUCGUUCCAUAUUCAAAGUGCACGAUGGCCAUGGUGUGAUGCUUUUUAAUACGACGGCCACGAACGAUGAUGCAUCCAUCAUGCCCAUAUCCGCCGAGCACCAGGCAACCGAGUCCUGGCCACCACCCACUCACACUCAAACCCAGUCUCAGUCUUCGUCUCAGCCCAAGCCCAAGCACUACCAUCAAUAUCAAAGCUUGAAUCAUCAGCAACAGUCGUUCAAAGUGCAACGCUCACCGGAUGGCAAGCUGAAUCUUGUCUUUAAUGAACCCAUCGUCUCUUUGCAGAGCACCGCACAGCAGCAGCCACCGCAGCAGCCGCCGAAGCAACAGCAGCCACAGCAGCCGCGUCGCCCCAUCUCAGACAUUAUCGUGUUUCCCGACUCUAUAGAUAAGUAUCGACCGGCACAACCGGCGCCUAUCGAUACGGGCGAUCUGCAGUGCGUGGAUGGGUUCAAUCAGAGUCGCUCCUUUUGCACCAAGGUGAACAACUAUCCGGAUUUGUCCGGCCUGAAGGGCAUAUUGUCGCGCCGCUUUGCCAAUUUCUUCAGCGACGAGCCGCAGCCCACGGAUUUCGGACUGCGGAUGAACGAUGACGAGCAGUAUUUGUGCAACAGCCAUGUGCGGUACUUGUACCCAAAAUUGGGCCAGAGAUUGGAUCAGUCCUGGCAGUAUAUAGUCAACACGGAUGAGUUCAAACAGGGCAUACUCAUCGAGGAGUGCGAUCACGAGGGCGAGAGCUGCCAAUUUCUGGACAGCUUUCCCAACAACUAUGUGCCCGUCUGCAAGCAGCACUAUGUGAUACGUCAUCUGGCCACCAUCAACAAUGCCAGCAGCGGCCAGCCCGAGGUGGCCAAUGAGCCCUUCAAGAUACCCUCCUGCUGCAAGUGCGUCAUCAAGAGCAAAUUCUCGGUAGAGAGCAAACCCUGAGAGACUAAGCAAAACCCAAUCUGAAUGUUGAUUAUAGAAUGUCGAGCCAAUUUCUGCAAAUGUGAUUUUGAU